UGCUUUCAAUAGACUCCUUCCCAUCACUUUAUCCCACUAUAAAAACAAUUCGAGCGGAGCAACAAUCACUAUCUAUGACUUCACGACAAGAACGCAGACCAACGCACAACGCUACCAGCAAACCGCACAGAGAUUAACAACCUUUAAAGAUUAAAAUCAGUCUGAUUUACCGAAAAAUAGUUAACCUUUAAAAAAGCUCUGAAAACAAGAAAUAAUGGAAGAGACGUCUCGUUUUGGAGGACUGCAUCCUCAAAUGGACAACAUCGCAGUUCGAGCAGCCUGUACGAUUCCUAAGGGUAGCACCACAGCCCCCUAUCCUGGUCCUUGCACGAUCGGACUUAGGACAUCUGACCUAAGGGUUGUACAUUACGUUAUCGAGGCUCGCUCGGUGAACGGUGAGAUCCUAGCAGACGCAGAACGCACAAGAGAUUGGAUGCUAUACGUUCUCCCGGCACGUGACAAUUUGGAGCAAAAUCUAGAGGCUGUCAAACAUAUCUCAGGUCACAUAUUAUUCCGCGCAAUAAGGGAGGUGAAAACAGGAGAGCUGCUUUCCGUAUGGUAUAGUGAAGAGCUUGCGCAAGAAAUGGCAAUUCCAAACCUACAGAAACAACACUCAACAGAUAACAGAAAGUUCAACUGUCUGAGCUGCGAUAAAACAUACGACUAUCCAAACUCCUUGAGGGCUCAUAUACGAUACAGAUGCAUAGCCCAUAGUCAAAUUCCAAAGAUCCCAAUGCAGCCAACUGUUCUAAAGACCCCAACCGCACAUAAUGAUCACCUACGACGUAUCGGGGUACUAGGCACAGAUGGCAAUACGCAACUAACAAAACCCGAACCUGUUUCUCCAAAUAGUGUAUCUUCAAUGAGUCCAAAUCACAUGCCUUUGAACUUUAGUACGAAAUCAGCAUUCAAGCGCCUUAAAACUGAAGAUGUGAAACUUGACCAGGACAGUUCGGUUAGUGACGCCAACAGAGCACCAAUCGGAGGACCGCCAGGAUCUACGCAGUCUGAACUCGAAGUACCGCAUAUGUCUCCUUUUGUGGAGCCCUUGUACAGAUAUUACUAUUACUCAUUGUAUCCGCAUCUUUAUCAACGAUACAUGGUUGAUCAUUUUGAGGCAAAUAAGCAGACUCGAGGACGGCCCGUAUAUCGUCCAUGUAAGAACGACAAUUUUCCGACGAUGCCAACGCCUGCGGUUGGAAUGCGAGAUGAAGAUCAAUUUAUGGCCGACAGACAGAUUCCUGAAGCCAACGCGUCAUUCUCGCAGGAUGCUGUGACAUUACCAUAUCGCUUUCCUUUGCCAUCAGAUAAACACGAGCCUUUAGAUCUUCUGCCUCGUUCUUUGUACGUCAGCAAAUCCCGUAAAGGACAUUUAUGCAUUUACUGCGGCAAAUUAUACUCGAGGAAAUAUGGACUAAAAAUUCAUUUGCGUACACACACCGGAUACAAACCUUUGAAAUGCAAAGUUUGUUUCCGUCCUUUUGGUGAUCCUAGCAACCUAAAUAAGCAUAUAAGGUUACAUGCAGAGGGAGACACCCCUUACAGGUGUGAUCACUGCGGAAAAGUUCUCGUCCGUAGACGGGACCUUGAACGCCACAUCAAAUCUCGUCAUCCAGACGCUAACUUUAUUUCCGAAGACGUUAACUCAAAAGGUGUAUACAAUGUAUCAAAUGCAACUGAUGACAAUACUGCUGUCAAUAAAAUUAGCAUUUGUGAGAACACUUUUGGUAUUGACAUUGAAGGAGAUGAUAGGGACGCUGAAAUAGAAGUUGUAUAAAAGUUUAAAAUAACAAUCUGUAUAUACUUUGUUAUAUUGUAUUUUAAAUAUGUGAUAAAUAAAACGUCAGAGAACGGGACCAAAGAGUGCAAUACUAGUCUACUUUAAAAUAAUCAGUCGCAGAAAUUAUUGUAAGUUCUUUUAUCGUUGCUUUCAUUGUACCAGUCUUAUAUCUGUAAAUAUGAAAAUGUAGUGAUAUUGAUAAAUAAUGUAUUUGUUCAAUAAAUUAGCA